AUGCUGGAGAACUUAAUCGACGAAAUUCAUUCCUUAUUUCGCAAAACCAUUACAACAAGGGCAUAUGAAACUCACUGCAGUAGUAAGAAAGAUUAUGAAGCAAUUUCUGGAUUUAAUAGCUGGUUGAAAAAAUUAAAAAUGAUGGCUCGUGUGGAAGUGUUUUUGUGGAGAUUAAGUAGAGGUGUUAUCCCAACUAAUGAGUUCUUGAAAUUCAAAAAAAUCUAUAAUGAUGAUCAGUGCGUUAGAGGAUGUGGAGAAGUUGAAAAUCUGUCACAUAUAACUACUAUGUGUAAUCAUCUGCGGGAAGUGCUGAAGAAGAUCCAUGAAUGGGGUAUUUUUGUUUCAGUUUUUAACUCAAUGGAGGAUUGUCUUAGUGAACUUAAACGCCUCUCUAUGACUGCACCAAAUGUUGUUAUUCCUUAUUGUAAUGCUGUGUAUUGGAAUUGGAAAAACAAAAAUGAGGUGGCUCAUGGAAAGGAUGCUAAUAUGGUUUCAGCAACUGCAGCAAAUGUGUUAUCCACAGCUUACCUAUCUUUUAAUCCUCUCAUUGCUAGCUGGGGUGCUAAUCUCCCUCGGGAGUUUCAAACUAUUUGGCACCCUCCAUCGCAAGGAUGGAUUAAGAUCAAUGUUGAUGCGGCUCUUCUAUCUUCUUAUAAUGCUGGCAUUGGAGGUUACUUUAGAGAUGAUAAAGGCAGAUUAUUGAUAGCCUUUGGGGAAAACAGAAUUCAUUGGGACAUAGCAAAUCUUGAGCUAGCAGCUGUGAUUUCAAUCAGGAAAUUCCUACAUCCAUGGAUGGUUGAAUUCAAAGGACUCAUAAUAGAAGGUGAUAACAUCAAUGUUAUCAAAUUCAUUCAAGAUUCUUUGAAUAAGGCGAAGUGGCAAAGCUACAACCGGAUAGAAGAGAAUCUUCUAUUCUUGGCCGAUUUCAAUAAGGGAAUUUUCAACCAUAUACAUAGAAAUGGUAAUAGAGUAGCCGAUAUGUGUGCUACUAUGGCUUUAGAUUACAAAUUUUUUUUUUGA